GAUUAUUGCUGUGAAGAUUUUGGAGGAGACAACUAAGGAGUGGAUUGGGUUUAAGACUUGGGGCAUUAAAGACAUUAUUGCUUAAAUUUUUUGGUGAAUAAUACGCAAACCAUACUUCAUUGGGAUUACAGUUCAAUGCAAUCUGUUGUCUUGGAUUUGGAAUGACAGCCCUCAUAGGAGCAACAUGUCAGUUGUAGUUUUGUCUCCACCUCUCUGAGGAAUAGUGUUGGGACCUGCAAUUAAACUUCUGGCUCCAAAUGAGAAAUGUAAUACAGCCAAUCAUUUCUGACCCACUCUGCUGGAGAAUAUGUGGUUUGUUACAUCUUCCCUCUCUGUUUUUAUGCUGUGAGGCUCCUCUCUAGAAAAUAACAGCCGAUGGUUCUGCUUACAGACCGCCAGAUCUGAAAUAUUUAGGACUCCAGCUGUGAAUGAUGCAAUUAACGAUUAAUGAAAAACGAAGGAGCUGUGAUCAAUAUGCAUAGGUUGCCUAUGUUCACACGGAGAACUGUGGGAGUGAGUUAAGAAUAGAGGACAUUUCACUGCUCGUGAUUGACAGGUGUACAAGUACAUCCUGAAUUACUGUGUUUGCUUUAGGCUGAAUUUAAAAACAGCCAGCUUGGCACCUACUUGGUCUUUUUUUCGCUUUCUCGUUAUCUCCUCAUUUUGAGGAACAAGUCAUCUUGCUAAUAAGCAGAUUAAGUAUAAACAUUGCUGCUCUAACUGUUGCAUCACUGGUGCAUCAUGAUUUGCUACCUUUGUAAAUCAAAUUAAGCAAUAUACAUUACCUGUGGGGUCAAGCUACCUAAAAAGAACAAUUUCAGAAAAGCAUUCUGUUAUUGCUUUUCAAAACUGCUAAAUUCUUGGCACAAAGCUGCCCAGUUUGAACAAAUAUUCCACCACACAUUCCAUCCUUCUUACCUUGUUCCUGCUAAUCAGUAUGGUCCCUCCUCCCCCUUCCAACAAGCCACACGUUUGCCUUUUGUGUGUGCUGAUAAUGAGUAGCAUGGCUCUACUGGACGCCUACCUGGUGGAGCAGAAUCAAGGUCCACGGAAGGUGGGCGUCUGUAUCAUGGUGAUGGUUGGGGAUGUUUGCUUCCUUAUCGUACUGAGGUACAUAGCGGUCUGGGUGGGCUCUGAGGUAAGAACUGCGAAGCGCGGCUACGCCAUGAUCCUUUGGUUCUUCUAUGUCUUCGUAUUGGAGAUCAAGGUCUACUUCCUUUACCAGAAUUACAAGGCGGAAGGCGACAAAGUCGAUUCACUCACCUGCAAGGCUUUGACGGUGUUGCUUUCAGUUUUCGUACCGGGGCUUUACGUUACGCUAGCAGCUAUUGACCACAUGGAAUACGUUCGACCAAUCAAGAAGAGGGAGGAGCUUAGAAGUCGACUAUUCUGGGUUGUGUUGGAUCUACUGGACAUUUUGGACAUUCAGGCCAGUUUGUGGGAACCUCAAAGGAAAGGGCUCCCCCUAUGGGUGGAGGGCCUUACUUUUUUCUACUGCUACAUACUUCUUCUGAUACUGCCGUGUGUUUCAUUGAGUGAAAUUAGCAUGCAAGGUGUCAACAUUGUGCCGCAUAAGAUGUUGUUGUAUCCCAUCCUGAGUUUGGUUGCUAUCAACAUUAUUACGCUUUUUAUACGUGGAGGUAACAUGGUGUUUUAUAGAGAUGUUCGAGUGUCUGGAAUACUCAUGGGUAAAAACGUCGUCGCCAUUGUCCUGAAGACUUGCAGCUUUGUGCAGUACCGGAGACACCUGCAGGAGGCGCCAGUGCCCGCUCUCGCAACAGAACUACAGAGGGAUGCAGUGCCACAAAGUUCUAGAGGGGCAGUACCACUCACAAUGCCCAUGUCUGCUACCAUACCAACUCCGCAGGUGGUCAUACAAGAUCUCACCACACUUCCAGAGGAACCUGAACUUGAGGAAACAUGACAAGGCUAAAUUAGAAGAGUUUGAUGUGGACAGAGGAAAUUUGGAAACGUGAACUGCUGAGUUACAUGUCCUAACGUGUGUUAGUGAGAUAAAGGUAUUGAUGAGAAAAAUUCAUGAGAUAGAGACAUACGACUUUAGUGGGGUCCAUUCAGUUCAAAAGCAAACUAACUAAAUGUUUUUAGUUGUCAAGUGGCAGCAAUUCAUUUCAAGAAAAUCACACUUACUGUAAAAAACUCCAUGACCCUAUGAUUGUACAAUCACAGACAGCUGUGAAUAAAUCUAUCCAUUUUCAGCUUUUGCUAUAGGUGUUAAGAAAUGUGUUGUCAUCAUGUUCUGUAUUUAUUUAUUUAUUUAUUUAUGUAUUUUUUGUAAUUAUGGUGAUAUGUUG